AUGAGUGCUACUUCUCCAUUGCAAAAGUUGAACGACAUGCUAAAGUGCAACCCUUCGAAGAAACACAAAAAGAAAAAAAAAGUGCAAGAAAGACAAGUAGAAAUAAACAGAAAAUAUUUGAAGAGAACCAACUAUAUUGGGAAAAAAUAUAUCGAACAGGUGAUGAAUGAAUAUGGUUCGAGCGAUGAUAAUGCAAAUGAGAGGAAAUACUUGAGGAAAUAUUUAUAUGAUGGAGGAAACACAAACGAAAUAGGGGAAAAUUACGACAAUAUAAUGAAAAAAAGGAAAAAUGACAUUGAAUUCACUCAUUUGCCAAAUGUAGAAAUAGAUCAAAUGUUAUGUAAAGUAAAAGGGGAAAAUUUAUAUGAAGGCACUGCAGGUAUACUUAACAAAGUGAUAAUCGAAACGAUCAGCAAAACUGGGGAAUGUGUAUACGUGGAGAAUUCUACAUUUGAAGCUUAUGUAAAAACAAAGGAAGAAUUGGACAAAUUGAAUUAUGUAAAGGACUAUACGGAUAAAAACAAUGGGUAUGAUAUGUAUAUACAAAACAAUUUAUAUAAUAAUUUUCUGUAUGAAAAACAUCACUCUUUAAUAAAUUUAGAUCACAACAGAUAUAACAUUAAUUCCAUUUUUUCAAAUUACAAAAAUGUAGUAAAUGAAAAAAGAGAGUCAGACAUUUCUUGUCCAGCAUAUUGGGACAACGUGAAAGGUGUAAAAAGAAAUGAUUCUCAACCGGUUUGUGUCACUGAAAAUAAGCAAGUUAAAAACAGUUCUUCUUCUUAUACGUCCUCCUUUGUAAGAAGAAAUAUAAAUGCAAAGACCAAUCAUGAAAAUCAAGACGGAACAACUACACAUAUAAAUAACAGUACAAACAAUGAAACAAUGAGAGAAGGAUACCUAUUUGAGUCCGAAACAUAUGAUAAUGAAAAUGCAAAGUUAACAGAAAAUAGUUUUAGGUGUAAUAUAACUGAUUUAAAAAAUGGAACAUACUUAGUUACAUAUAGUUUGAGAAAAUCCGGAUUUUAUUACUUAUCUAUAUUUAAUAAAAAAAAAAAAGUUGGCAAUUCCCCAUAUCUUAUUUAUAUAAAACCGAAUGUUGCAUAUGCCCCUAACUGUGUUGUGUAUAAACAGAUAAACAACAAAAUGGUUAUUCCAAAGACUAAAAAUAGAAAGUCCAAAAAUGAUUUGAAGAUAAACCAUUUUUAUAACGAUUCUUUGCAGGCACAUUCUUUCUCUUUAGUUGAUUCGGAUUUUCUAAAUUUGGAGGAAGGUACAGACAUGCUUGAAGGUACUAGUUGUAGCUCGUCCGAAUGUUCAUUGUCUGAUGAGGAGACACAGUUUCCUCCAUCUGAAGAAAACGCCUUGCAUGUUUUAAAAUAUGACAGUGAUGAUGGAUGGAAUGAGGAGGAGCAACACAAAAAGUUUAACAAUUUCUUCAUCCAGAGUUAUGAUGCAUACAAGAAUAAGAUAAUCGAAGGAAAGGAUCCAUUUGAGGUGCAUGCUCUUGGAAAAAUUAAAAUAGUUAAAAUAAACAAUAUGAACAAUGGAACAUAUGAAGUUAUUUACACAUACGCAAGUGGAAGUAGAGAAAAUAAUGAUGAUGCAUGGCAAGUCCCAUACAGACAAGUGAAUGUAACACUAAAUGGAGUACAUGUGAAUGGGUCUCCUUUUAGAAUUAUACUAAAAAAUGAUAAACAAAUGGUGUACUUGAGUAGAAUAAAAAAUUUAUUACCAAUUGAUGAAGAAGUAAACCCGUUUGAUCCUGUACACAAUCUUCACAGUAUCAUGAAUUCAUACAAAUAUAUAAAAGAAAAUUACUUAGAUGACAAAAAGAAAAGAUAUUUUAUGUGCUUAAGUCCAUAUUAUGAAAAUACAGAAUUGAAUAAUAUACUGAGAAAAGUUGACCCUUAUAUGGUAUCACUUAUGUCGAUACCUGUAAAGCAACAGUUAUUCAACUACAUUCGAUAUAUGAAUACGGAUGGAAACAUUGUUAAAUUAAAAAAAGUGUUAUUUAAAGAACUUCUCGUUACACUUGGGAAAAUGAUUAAUUCUGCAAAUAUAUAUUAUGAUGAUUUGACACAAGACAAAUUGAGUCUAAUGAAUGAACGGAAAAUUCAGAAUUGUAGCAUAAGAGAAGCAGAUUUAAUGUAUGAAUCGUUGAAAGAAAAAAAUAUACACACCUUGCCUUUUGACUUUUCUAUUAAAGAUAUGAAAUUAUAUGAACAAAAAUUGCUUAAUAAAAAAAAAGAGCUACUAGAGAAGCAGAAUAAAUUAAUAGAAAAAUAUAACACUAUAAAAUCUAAGGAAAAAAAAUUUUCCCAGGAAAGAGAAAAUAUCACAAACUUAUUGACUGAUAAGUAUGAACUGCAUCAAGCCAUAUACGAACAUUCUAAGAAGGCUCUAAUUCAUACUAACAGCAACUUGAAAAAAAUAACUAUCACGAAUAUUAAAAGAAAUUGUUCCACAGAAAAGGGGGUAUUCAAAGGAAAGUCGAACCCCUACAUCCUACCAAGAGAUUAG